AUGGAUUCAAAGUUGCGCAGACUUUUUCAUGAGGUGCAGAGACAACUGCAAAUCCCACUAGAGGUGCUAAAGCAAGACUUUAAGUCUGCCAAUUCUGGCAUAUUCAUGUGUCAGCAAAUGCAUCAGAACUAUCGUACCGAGCUUGAACAGCUACACGAAUGUCUAUCUGAAUUUCAGGAUGUCUGCGGAUUGAUGGGAGAAGAUAUUUAUACGGAAGAUAUAUGGGAGAACACGCAACUCCACGAAUGGGCGAGGUCGGAUCAGUCAUCGUUGUUGAUGAUUCAAGGCGGCUACGAAUCUGUCAAUCGCCUUGAAAGGUUUGCUGCCGAGGUUUGGGAACACCUCGACAGCAAGAAACCAACAGUCGCCAUGUUACAGUGCCUGUCUUCAACAGAUUUCUUUAGUGGAUUUGAUGAACGAGAACUACUGCGACAGAUCGCACUCCAAGCUUUGCGAAAGGCUUCACCUGGUCAUCCGAUAUGUUUCCUGGCUGAUAUGGUACACCUAUUUGCAGAAGCUUCGACAUGCGAAGACUGGUUCAGAAUACUUGAGAGAAUAUUUGAAAUGUUCCCGAGUUUGAUUGUCAUUCUGACGGUUACUGUUCUAGGGGAACGAGCUGAGAGCACGAUAAUAUGGGGUAUCGAAUUCGAAAAAAUGAUGGCAAGGAUACAAAAGAGGUCUUUGACGUGUUUGAAAGUAUUACUCAUUGCAACCCAUCAAUUAUGGGUUGCACCACCAGAAACACCAUCGCUGUUUUGGGUUGGUCCAGCACCUGAAACUGAUUCAGAUGAUGGAAUGGGUGGCACUUACACGCCAUCGGAGCACCAACUUCCACUUAGCUUUCCAAUUCAGAACAGAAGUGGACAUAAAAUAUUUCAGAUGUCGGAAGCAUCACAGGGCGACACAGUAUCGGAACAACCAGGACAGCAUAAUCCUAUACACAAAGAACUGAAAGCAGGAAGGCCGGAGUUGCUUCAGCAGAGUUCUUCCUCAUCCCAUCCUACGCAAAUUGAUAUAGCAGUUCUCUGCGCAUUAACACUUGAAGCCGAUGCUGUUGAGACGCUCUUUGAUGGGCAGUGGACAGCCGGCUACAGUCGCUCCGAGGGAGAUACAAACACAUAUACACUGGGGAUUAUAGGCCGCCAUGGCGUCGUAUUAGUCCAUAUGCCUGGCAUGGGGACAAUCUACUCCGCGACUGUAGCGACUUGCUGCAGAUCUACCUUCCCUAGAGUUUCACUAACACUAGUGGUAGGAAUUUGCGGAGGUGUCCCAUUCUCCGAGGAUGGGACAGAGCUAUUGCUCGGCGACGUCGUCAUUAGCGAUGGACUAGUUCGCGUGUCAGAGAGCGCUAGAAAGUUACCGGUGGAGAUUCUGGGGUACCUGGCCAAGCUGAAAGGUCUAAAUGCUCGCAGCAGACUUCGAGAACGAGCGAUUGAAUAUCUGGCAACCUUGAGUAAGGCACUUGAGGUUAUGAAACCUGGGGUUAAGGAAGAUAUCCUGUUUGAGCCGACAUAUAGCCACAGGCAUCAUCCCCCAUCCUCCUGCAACAUAUGUAGUGGCGAUUCAGGCGACUCAACUGGGAUGAUUUGUGCACAAGCCCGUGAGGCAAGCUGCAAAAGUCUGAAGUGCGAUAUUGGAAGGUCUGUGGUCCGAAAGCGUCAAAUAGAAGCAGCUGGCGAUCAAGAUAAGCUGCACCCGGCUGUGCACUUUGGGAAAUUCGGCUCUGGAGACAAGGUCAUGAAGUCAGGAGAAAGCCGCGACCGUAUUGCGCGUAGUGAAGGGAUCAUUGCCUUCGAGAUGGAGGGGGCGGGAGCAUGGGAUACUUUGCCCUGCGUGAUUGUCAAAGGUAUUUGUGAUUAUUCUGAUAGUCACAAAGAUAAGAGGUGGCAAGUGUAUGCCGCUUCAACCGCCGCGGCCUACGCAAAGGCCUUCCUUGAGGGUUGGCGGCAAUAG